GGAAGGAGCGAGAGAAAAGCUUCAAGGACACGAGCGGAAGAGAACGCGAACGAAGUGAGAGAACCAGGGAAGGGUUCGGCUGGUUUUGGUUCAUAGGAAGGGACUGCCCGAGCUCGCUGGAAACAGCCGAGGAGAAAGGAGAAAUCUGAGAGGAAGAGAGAGUGGAUCCCGUUUCGGAGUAGCAGAAAACCGCAUCGCCGGAGUUAGCCGUCGGUUUUCAGAGCUCCGGUCAAAGGCCAAUCGCUGCGUCGUUCUUCGCAGAUUCGGUGUCGAAGAUCAGACGAAUACUGAGAUUUCUACGGCAAGCAGAGGAAAAGCUCCAACCAGACGCUCUUCAUCGUCGUCAAGCGAGAGCUCGAAUCGCCAAAGAAACCAGAUCUGAAACAAACAGGAGAUGGACUACAGCUCUGAAGAAGAUUCAGAUAUUAGUGAUUCUGAGAUAUUGGACCAUGUAGACAAACCUUAUGAUGAGUUGAGGUCCGGAAAAUUCAAAGUAAAGGGCCCCAAUGGAAGCUUAAGAUGCCCUUUCUGCACGGGCAAGAAAAAGCAGGACUACAGGUAUAAAGAACUAUACCAACAUGCGGCAGGGGUGGGUAAAGGUUCUGCAAAUAGAAGUGGCAAACAAAAGGCAAACCACCUUGCCUUGGCGAAGUACCUGGAGACAGACCUAGCCAGUGAGGCAGACCAACCUCCUCAACCGGUUGUGCCACAACCUUCUGCACAAACGCCUCAGCAAGAUGAGGUUUUUGUCUGGCCUUGGACUGGAGUCAUAGCCAACAUUCUUGUUGACAAAAGCAGUGAGAAAGAACUUGUAGAUAGUGCAUAUUGGCUGACCAAGUUUACCAAGUACAAACCUCUGGAAGUCCACGUGUUUUGGAAUGAAGAUGGUCAGUCAGCAAAAGCUGUAGUGAGGUUCAAUGAUCAUUGGGAGGGAUUUAAAAAUGCCACAGAAUUUGAGAAAGAAUUUGAGACUGAGAAUCACGGAAAAAAGGGCUGGAAUUUGCAGAAGGCAGAGCCUGGAUCAAGUACAUAUGGCUGGCGUGCGCAGUCCGAUGACUAUGAUGCAGAUGGGCCAGUCGGAGAUUACCUCCGCAAGACAGGGAAGUUGCGGACAGUCUUGGACAUUGUUCAGGAAGCCACUCAGAGUAGCCAUAGAAUUGUUGCGCAUCUAGCCAACAAGAUUGAUUCGACGAAUGAAACGUUGCAGCAGUUACAGUCAAAAUAUAAUGAGAAGACUUUGUCAUUGACCAGGAUGCUUGAAGAAAAGGACAAGCUUCACUCUGCUUUUGUCGAAGAAACAAGGAGGAUGCAACGCCUUCAACGUGACAGAAUACAGGGUAUAUUGUUCGAACAAGAGAAACUCAGCAAUGAGUUGGAAAAGAAGAAAAGAAAGAUCGAUUCUUGGAGCAAGGAAUUGAACAAACGUGAAACCCUGACUGAGCGUGAGAGACAAAAGCUGGAUGAGGACAAGAAAAAGAAUGAUGUCAAAAACAGUUCUCUCCAGUUGGCAUCAAUGGAGCAGAAAAGAGCUGAUGAAAAUGUCCUCAGGCUGGUGGAAGAACAAAAGAGGGAGAAAGAGGAGGCCCUGAGUAAGAUCCUGGAAUUGGAAAGGCAGCUUGAUGCGAAGCAGAAAUUGGAAAUGGAGAUUGAAGAGUUGAAAGGGAAAGUAGAAGUUAUGAAGCACCUUGAAGAUCAAGAUGAUGAAGCUGUUCAAAAGAAGAUGAAGGAGAUGAAUGAGGAAUUGAAAGAGAAGAAGGACGAGCUGACCAAUUUGGAGGAUCUAAAUAACACCCUUUGGAUUAAAGAGCGCCAGAGCAAUGAUGAAUUGCAAGAAGCUCGUAAGGAGUUGAUCCAGGGUUUGAGUGAGGUGCUAGGUGCAAGCGCAGAUAUUGGGAUCAGGAGAAUGGGGGAGCUUGAUGAUAAGCCGUUUCUUACUGCUUGCAAGAAAAGAUUUUCAGCUCAGGAAGCACCAAUGCAGGCCAGUAAAUUAUGCUCUUUGUGGCAGUCACAAGUGAAUUCACAGUGGCAUCCAUUCAGAACCAUUGAGAUUGAUGGGAAGGCCCAGGCAAUGCUUGUUGAAGAAGAUGAAAAACUGCAAAAGCUUAAGGAGGAGUGGGGUGAUGAGGUCUGCUCAGCAGUUGUCACAGCUUUGAAAGAGCUGAACGAAUAUAAUCCAAGCGGAAUGUAUGUUGUAUCUGAGCUCUGGAACUUCAAAGAAAAAAGAAAAGCCACUUUGAAAGAGGUCAUUGCUUUUAUUGCGAAGAAAAUCAAAACACCCAAGCGCAAGAGAACAUGAGUCUGAGGGAGGAAUCUGUCUGAAGGAGGUCUGCCAGAGUUGUUUAGAGCUAUUCUUAUUGCGAUGCUGUCCUUGAUGUAGAUACUCUUGGCUAGUUUUAUCAUCACUAGAUAAUAGAAUGCUUUGAACUUAUAUUAGCUGAACAAACAUUAGGAUGUUUAUUGUAUGUAUCGGAGCAUGCAAUUCCCAGAAUUUUCUUUCUUGCUUGCAAUGUUUAGCAAAUGGCGGGGUUGUGUAACUUUGUUUUAA